AUGAAUGAAGAGGAGCUCGCCCGCGUCCUUAGACGCGAUCCUAACAUUAACGUACCUCGUCCCAUAUACAAAAGACCCGAGGUGACCCAACCUUUGAGAUGGACAAAAUUCAGCAAGCAUUUUAGAACCUCAAAGUUUAAAGCUCGACCCCGAACGGAGCCGAGACAAUGGCUUACUGGAAAUCAAUUGAAGGCUCCAUGGCGUGAACUACCCAGCCGGAGACGUCAUAAUGAACCUAUUCGUCCCCCCCCUCCAGCUCGUUCAGCUUGUCCAGCUCCUUCCCAACCACAUCCUGCUCCGGCCAGAACAGGGGACAAUGAAGAAGAAUUAUUGCCUCUCGAAGGAGAACGAGAACGAGGUGAAACACCUGAAGCAAAGAAACGUGACCGAUCACCAGAUCAAGAAGAUGAUGAUGAAGAAUCAAUUCCAGUGAAGAAGCAAAAGAUAGAUUCAAAGAUUGGCAGAAACAUAGACAAAUGCAAGGAUAGGGAAAAGCCUCAAGAGCUAAAAGCAACUCGUCCUCCAGCACGCGCACCAGGGAUUCUCCCAUUAUCUCCACAAGAUGCUCCGACUCCCAGAGUUACAAAUCCCGAAAUAGCUGCCUUACGCAAUCGAUUUCCCGGACCAGGGAACUUUGAACAUCGAUGGAAAAAUGAUCCAAAGGCCGAUGAGCACAGAAAAAUAAGAGAUGGUAUCCCGAAGAAUUUUGAUGACGUCCCGGAAGUCAGGCUAAUGCCCGAGCGAAUCCCUAAGAACAAGAGAAGAGUGAAAGAUUUAAAAUACAUGGGAGACCAAGAAUUUUAUGAUAUGGAAAUUCCUGACAGCGGAGAUUGCUUUUUCGGUGCUAUUUCCAUGGCUUUAUAUGGGACGGCUACGUAUUGGCAUUGGGUGAAACUUUGUCACUUACAUUUCUUCCGAUUUGUACUUACUCAUCCUGGUCACCCAAGAUAUGACUCUUAUUGGAGAUUGAACUCUAAUAUAACUUCUAAAACCAAAAGCAAUAUUUGGCAACAAUUAAGUACUCCACACGCUUGGCAAUCAUCCGAUCUUCUCAAUGUAACAGCAGAUAUCUUCAACCUCUUUAUAGCACUUUACGAGCAAUUAGAUAUACCCAAGGAUGCACCAAAGGAGGAACAAAAACCACAAGAUCAUCAGUCCAUCGGUCUAUAUGGUCAAUACAGCGCAACGCAUAUAUUCCUCCAUAUUAUCAAUAGAAAUCACUAUCAAACAUUGAUUCCAUACAAAAACCCCGAGGCACAAUUUCCAUUCCCAGAUGGUGUCAUAAUAAAUCCCAAACCAGGAAGAGCCAAAGAACGACCUCCUGGAGGACGUGGCAGAGCUAUAAUCCCUCCAUCAAUUGCUCAGCCUGUCUAUGUGGGGCCAUGGGAUUUGGACAUAACUAGGGUUCUUGGAAUUAAUACCAAAGAUGAAGCUCUGGAUAUAGAUUUAGUCAACACAUGGAUGAGGAGAGAAAGGCAAGCAGCUGAAAGGAAGAAUGACCCGACGGAAGUGAAGUGGUGGUUACAAGCUAAAGAAAGAGAGGCAAGUGCUGUGCAAGGGUUGUCUAAAGUAGCAGAGGUAGAGAAAGCACAGCCGUCAAAUGAGGCACUGGGGAGAAAUCUAGAUAUGACUUUAGGCAAGGGUGAGGAGAAGAAUGUACAGUCAUUGAAUGAGGAAGUGCAAAAAGAUCUAGAAAGGACGCUACACAAGUGGGAGGAGAAGGGUGAAAAGCUUUUAUAUGAAGACUUUGCGGAAAGACUAGGGAAUAAUUUGGCCAAGUGGAAAGGGAAAGGUGUACAGCUUUCACCUGGGCAUUUUGUGAAAGUUCUAGAAAGAACAUUGGACAAGGAGAAGAGCAUGAAACCGUCAAAGGACGAAUUGACAAAAGGCUUAUUCGAUAUGGUAGGGAAGUGGAAGGGUAAGGGUUUACAACUUUCAUAUGAGGACUUUAAAAAUGGUCUAAAAGGGAAGUUGAACAUGGGGAGGAGUGCACCGUCAAAUGAGCAAUUGGCACAAGGUCUGGAGAAGACCUUAGACAAGGGAAGGAGUGCAGCGUCAAACGAGCAACUAGCAAAAGGUUUGGGAAAGACCUUAGACAAGGGACAGGGUUUACAGCCAUCAACCGAAAACUUGGCAAAAGGUCUCGGAACAACCUUAGACCAUAAAAAAACGCGCAGCUGGAAACCCGAACCACUCCUCCCCCGAGCCCCAGCAACGAGAAAUCCCACUGCUAUUAAAAGAAGACAAUCAUCAAUUAUCGAUCUCCUCUCUAGCUCCGACGAGGAAAUCGAAGAAAUAAAACCUGAAAGGCAAAGGCCAUCAAAGCCAUCAAACCCCGCUAUAAAACCAUCCACCAAUCCCACUUCUUCUAGAAGAAGAAGCUUCAGAGAUCCUGCAAGAAGAAGUGCAACACCAGUUGUCGAUCUUCUUUUUGGUUCAGACGGUGAGGUUGAGGAAGUGAAGACUGUUGAGCAUGGGAGGGAUUCGAAAGUGUCGGGGAAAUCAUCUACUACUAGAGAGGUUCCAUCGGAAAAGAGUCAAUCUUCGAAGGCUGUUGAUCUUCUUUCUAGUGAGGAUGAGGAUGAGGAUGUGGUGGAGGUUAGGCGUGAGGAUACUCAAGCCUGGGGGAGACCUCCUGCUAGACCUCCUGCUGCGAAAGGGGGAGGGAGACCACCACCUAGAUGGUAA